AUGACUUGGGUCAUUUUAAAUCUAUUAAACACCCACGCUUUUCAGCAAGCUCUCAACUCACCAUCUCAUCAUUUAUUAUUUGGCUUUUGUUCCCAUCGAAAUUGUAAACAAAAAAACGAGAAGCAUUCCAAGAGGAAAUCUGAUUUUAAGGCGUUGUUUUCAUGUCAGUCAUUGAAAGCAAAGACAAGAAAAGAAGAAAAAUUUACGCGAUUCGUGACGAGGCAUUUCAAUGGUCAUGAACGAAAUUCUGGCGACGUGAUUAGAAAUUCUGCCGACAGCUUUUUUGAUUCUCAUGUACAUAAGUACAGCACGGAAUGUCCACAAUUCAGCUAUGGAGCCCAUGAAACCAGUUUUAUUUCAGCUCAUGAAAUAGUACAACACAAAACGAAUCGAGUGGAAGACGAAAUGAAAAUAUGUGGAGCAUAA